AUGCUCUUUCCUCUCGUUCUCUCUUGUCUGGAAAAACCUGUAUUGGAUACCUCGUUGCAAUUUACGGGCGGUCUGGAGAUGUUCAACCUUGAUUACAAUCUACCUCUUGGAGAUGUUUCAUUUUUUAAUGAGCCCUUACCAGAUGACUUUUUCCGCUUUGUAGCUGAUGACCAACCGAAUUCUUCAUCCAUAGCAACCAUCAGUCCAGACAUAAACUCGGGAAAGAGUGCCGGAACGACUCCACAAUCGACCAGCGUCACUUACACCGAGUCACCAAAGCCAACCAAGCGACAGAAAGUAGAUGCCGACCCACUUGACACCACUGCACACACCAUUGUGGUAGGAGGAAAGCCGUUCAGACUUAGCUGGGAGUCUCUAAAGAGCGACGGGCCAGACAAUUAUUUCACACUUCAUUUUCAGAAACAUAAGACUCGUGUGAUGCACAUUGACAGGAGUGCGUCUACGUUUGAGUCGAUUGUACAGCAUUUGCGUGGCUACUAUAUACGCCCAAAAGAUGAUGUUGAGAACCAGGCGCUGUUGAAUGAUGCACGAUACUAUGGAUUGAAGCGGCUGGACAAAAUCCUGCGAGAAUAUCUGAAUGUCAAUGUGGGCGGGCGUGUGUUUAGACUACCCUGGGAUCUAUUCCAGAAAGACGGCAAACAAAAUUUCUUUAAUGGUCCUCUCAUGGACUCGCUCUAUGCACCCCACCAUGAACCAGGCUCUAGUGAACGCCCUCCGGUCUACAUCGACCGUGAUCCGGACAUAUUUGCCGAUCUGGUCCACCUCUUGAGAGGAUACACACUCUCAAUCCGGGAUGAGGCCCAUCGAAGGAAUCUGCUCAGAGAUGCACAGUACUAUGUGUUCCGUCAGCUCACGGACAAGCUCAUGUGCUCUCAUGUGGUCGUGGAUAACUUUAGCCCAACCCCUAUCCAAGAGGUCUCGCUCCACCUCAAGGACAUUCGUGUGGCCCAGCUUCAGAUACCUGCCACUCUUGGGCGCACUACAGAAGUGCUUAGCAGCUGUGCCAACACCUGGACCAAAUGUCAGGUCCAGUACAAGCAUCAGGACAGGUCCCAAUCGCUUGUGGUGCAAUUGUCGAAUGUGUGCGCUGAAAUCCAUAGUCUAAAGGGAAUCUUGCUUGUCUGGCCUGCCCGAGAUCCCAGCCGUGACAAACUUGCAAAGGUCGGGCAGAGUCUCAAGGUGGCCAAUGGUGUGUGUGAGCGGCUCUAUCUUCACCCAGACUGUGGACUAGUUGUAGAUGGCCAAGAAAUAGACUCACUGGCAAACAUAAACCAUGAAUUGUGGAAGAAGUGUGAAAACUCCAAAGGCUGUCCAAGCGACUGUUCUGCCCUUCGAUUGGGUAUCAAUCGAAUGCUGUGUGGAUUACACAUAGUAGAUGGAGCAUUAAUGCUUUGCGCUGUACGACUCGAGGCUGUGUGUUCACGACGGCAGCUCAACCGACAACGGCCCUUUUUGCCAAAUUCUAACCAAUAAAAAAAGG